UUUACUAUCUGCUGUUUUAAGCGUCAAGAAGAUAUCGACAACGUUUCAUGCAAAAUUGAAGUCUGGUGGUGCAAUUUUCUGUAUUUAAAAUAGCUAAAAUUUGCUAUCUUUAGUAUGACGUCAUGAUAACUGUAUAUAAGUUCAACAAAAAAGUCAAAAUGGCAUUACGUACGCCAAUCAACAACAGCCAAGAGAAAGAAGAGAAAACGCGAAAAGAAAGAAAUUUAAAAAAUGGCUGUAGCAUGUGAGAUAUUAACAUUAUCAACAAAUAUGGAUCCGAAUCAACAGUUUUAUAUUAACCAACAAGGACAGCAGGGAUACUUUGAUCUAUCCCAGCUUUACUAUCCACCUCCUUCACCACAAUUUCAAAGUCCUGUUUUUCAACCAUUUCACCUCACAGGUCCACCACAAUAUUGUCAACCUCCACAAAACUUUAAUAAUAAUAAUUCAUUAGGUGGACCACCAAUGCCUUUUCAUGGUCAAGAAAUGAAACAGCAAGUUGGUUAUAACAGAGGUCAUGGACAUAAAAGGGGAGGUGGGACGAGGGGAAAGGCAAGGAAUUCGUAUAAUAAUACCAAUAAUAAUCCUCCGAAAAAUUACCAAUCUAAUCCCAAUAAGGUAGCAGUUCAAGCAGAUGAAUCAAAAUCAUCAAAUUCUGUUGAUGAAUAUUUACAAAGUUACAUAGAUGGUGCAUUUGAUAGUGAAGAACCUGCCAAGACGGAGUCUAAAACUAAGUCAAAAGGAGCACCAAGUCAACAGAGAAAAAAUGGUAAUCGUCAAGGAGAAAGUAGAUUUGAGAAUAGAGGUAAUAAUCAGCGACAACAGUAUGACAAUUAUAGGGAAAAUAUUGAAAAUAACCCACAUUAUUAUGGUAAUCGAGGAGGACGUGGAAGAGGACGAUAUGAAGGGUCAAGGUCAUAUCAUGAUCAAGACAGGAGGUCAUAUAGUUCAAGAAAUAGAAAAGAUGAUUUGGAUAGAGUAAGGGAUUCUAAAGACUUACCUUCAAGUCUUAAAGAAAAAAUCAAUGAAAGAAAGUAUGGUAAAAAGGUAGAUAAUUCUACGGUCAUUGGCAGUAACAUUGGUCACGAUGAAGAAGGACCUAGUGGAGAAAGCCAACCAUAUUAUAAGGAUAGGAACUCAAAACUUGACGACAGGCAACAGUUCAAUAAUAGACGAGGUCAAAGGUCAGGUAGAGGAAGACAAUCCAACCAGGGCCGUUCAUUCCAGAGCAGACAACAAGACGAUGAUUAUGAUCCUCAGAACGAAAUUGCUUCAAAUAACUUGCAGGAUAAAAAUAGACAACCGUAUCCAGGCCGUGAUAAAUAUCGCACGCCAAAGACUUUUAAAGGGUCACGAGGUCCAAGUCAGCGACACUUUAUGGCAAGGACAAUUUCUGGAAAGGUUGAUGAGAGUCAGAGAGGUGUUCUGAUUGAUCAGCUGACAAACAGUUCCUACGAGUGCAUGGUGUGUUGUGAGACGGUGCGUUGCCAGAAUGCUGUAUGGAACUGUUCCAGCUGUUUUCAUGUGUUCCAUUUACACUGCGUUAAAAAAUGGGCAAGAACUUCUGCAGCUAAUGAAGAAGGUGAAGACAGUGGAUGGAGAUGUCCAGCCUGUCAAAACACAUGUGACAAGUUCCCUUCCCAGUACAGAUGUUUCUGUGGCAAAGUGAGAGACCCUGAAUUUAAUCGCAUGGAGAUCCCACACAGCUGUGGUGAGAUGUGCAGAAGGAAAAGAACAGAUAACUGUCCUCACCCCUGUAACAUGCUAUGCCAUCCUGGUCCCUGUCCACCAUGCAAUGCUGUCAUCAGUCGCUCCUGUGAUUGUGGGAAAACCAGCCAGACCAUGAAGUGUAGUGCGUCUCAGGUUAUCAAGUGUGAAGAGAGAUGUGGUAAACAGCUCAACUGUGGUAAACAUUUCUGUAAAGUUACCUGCCAUGCUGGGUCGUGUUCCAUGUGCGAGGAGGUCGUCGUACAAGAGUGCUACAAGGGUCACACCAGUAGAGAAGUAGUCUGUGGAAGUAAGGAAUCUUUUCAGUCCUCUUUCACCUGUGACAAACCUUGUCAAAAGACACUGGAGUGUGGGAAUCACACAUGUGAAGAGAUGUGUCACGAUGGCCCCUGUGUCUCCUGUAGUUUGUCUCCGUCCACAGUGGUCACAUGUCCAUGUGGUGCCACCUCACUUACAGACCUCGGCUCCACUCCCAGGACUAGCUGUCUCCAUCCUGUCCCCACAUGUGAAGGUUUCUGUCACAAGGCUCUCAACUGUGGACCUUCAGAUGGUCGUCAUACCUGUAAGCUAGUCUGUCAUGAGGGUGUAUGUGGGACGUGCCCUGGAGAAACCCUCCUAAAAUGUCGGUGUGGUGCCCUAGAGAAGGAAUUUCCCUGCACAGAAGCUCAGAACAUAACUGAGGAGAAUCCAUUUUGCUGUGAUAAGCGCUGUAACAAGAAGCGACUGUGUGGCCGCCAUAAAUGUGCACAGACGUGUUGUGUGCUGGAAAAGGAGAAUCACUUCUGUGACUUCAUCUGCGGGAAGAAACUGCCGUGUGGCCUCCACAAGUGUGACGAGCCUUGUCACCGUGGAAACUGUCCAACUUGUCUCUUAGCAAGUUUUGAGGAGCUGACUUGUUACUGUGGCAAUGAGGUGAGAUUCCCACCUGUUCCCUGUGGUACCAGACCGCCUGAGUGCUUCAAGAAGUGUACCCGCACUCACGCCUGCUCACACACAGUGCGCCAUAACUGUCACAGUGAUGAGAGUUGUCCACCUUGCACGGAGCUCACAUCCAAGUACUGUAUGGGGAACCAUGAGUUGAGAAAAAAUAUUCCGUGUCACAUUAGCAACAUCACCUGUGGUUUGCCUUGUAACAAAGACCUACCCUGUGGUACACACAAGUGUCUCCGAACAUGUCACAAGGGAGAGUGUCAGGAGGAUGGGACCGCCUGUGUCCAGCCCUGUUCCACUCCUCGUUCAGUCUGUGGUCAUCCAUGUGGCGUGCCAUGUCACAGUGGUCAAGACUGCCCAGCCCUGCCCUGCAAAGCAGAGAUCAUCAUUAAGUGUCCAUGCGGGAGAAAGACGGCCCGACAGUUCUGUAUGGCAGGCGGCUCAAGUCCGGAACUGGAGGAAUUUCAGAAGAUAGCUGUACAGUCUCUAGCAAGUGCUGCUGGUUCUGGUCAGACUGUUGAUAUGUCCAAGUUAACAUCAGUCGCAAAGAAAGUCGCCAAACGACAACUUGAAUGUGAUGGAGAAUGUGCCAUCAUGGAGAGAAACAGACGCAUGGCACUCGUCCUGGAGAUAAGGAACCCAGACCUCAGUUCCAAACUCGGCAACCCGUCCUACAAUGACUUUCUCAAGGAGUAUGCCAAGAACAAUCCUCAGAAUGUGGCAUCCAUCGACAAGGCCUUCUCCACUCUGGUCCAGAAUGCUAAAGGGUCCAAACAUCCCCACCGUUCUCACCAGUUCCCUCCCAUGAAUCGGGAUCAGCGACGAGCGGUGCACGAGCUGGCCGAGUUCUAUGGCUGCGAGACACAAAGCUAUGAUACCGAACCUAAGAAGAAUGUCGUAGCCACAGCACACAAGGACAAAUGUUGGUUGCCUUCUGUCACAUUGACUGCAGUGAUACAGAGAGAACUUCACCCUAAAGCACCAACCCCCAUUCCACAUGUACAUGAUAAGGAGGCCCUUAGGUGAGUUAAAUACCCUAAUACAGAGAGAACUUCACCCUAAAGCACCAACCCCCAUUCCACAUGUACAUUUUAAGGAGGCUCUCAGGUGAGUUAAAUGACCUAAUACAGAGAGAACUUCACCCUAAAGCACCAACCCCCAUUCCACAUGUACAUGAUGAGGAGGCCCUUAGGUGAGUUAAAUACCCCCACACACUCAUUUUU